CACUCCCACAUCUUCCACUUGCAAUAUCCAUGUAAUCCUACUUCACUGCUCUCUCUCUCUCUCUCUCUCUCUAGAAAAAUCACCACAAUUGUUACAUUUCCGUCUCAAGUCUACUUCAACCUCUUGCACUCAAUUGCACUCAAUUGCUUAAAGACGAACCCACUUCUAUAGUACCCUCCAUUGAGAUAGCCCCAUACCAUCCUUCAAUCUUUCCCACAAGAAUCACGAAGGGAUGAGCCUACAAAGCUGGCCUGAGCCAGUGGUUCGGGUCCAAUCCCUAUCUGAGAGCGGCAUUAAGGCAAUCCCCGACCGCUACGUGAAGCCACCAUCCGACCGGGCCUCGAUCGUCUGCUCACCCUCGGUCAAGGAUGCCAACAUCCCCAUCAUCGACCUUGAGGGCCUCUUCAUUGGGGCCAACGUCCUGGGCGGCCCUGGCAACCCAACCUUGAGGCAGAUCAACGAGGCGUGCCGCGACUGGGGGUUCUUCCAGGUGGUGAACCACGGGGUUGACCCGAAGCUGAUGAGGGCGAUGCGGGAGAGCUGGCGGGAGUUCUUCCACCUGCCGCUGGAGUCGAAGCAGCAGUACGCCAACUCCCCAUGCACCUAUGAGGGGUACGGGAGCCGGCUCGGCAUCGAGAAAGGGGCGGUCCUCGACUGGAGCGACUACUACUUCCUCCAUUACAUGCCCCAGUGCCUGAGGAGCCACGAGAAGUGGCCGGCGCUUCCUUCAUCGUGCAGGGAACAAAUUGCAGAAUACAGCAAGCAAGUGGUGGAGUUGAGCGGAAGAUUGAUGAAGAUGUUGUCCCUCAAUUUGGGAUUGCCGGAGGACUUUUUACAGAGAUGUUUCGGAGGGGAGGAGAUCGGGGCAUGCCUGAGGGUCAAUUUCUACCCGAAAUGCCCGCAACCCGACCUCACACUGGGCCUCUCUUCGCAUUCGGACCCAGGCGGCUUGACCCUCCUCCUCCCGGAUGAGAAUGUCCCUGGCCUCCAAGUCCGUAGGGGCGAGAGUUGGGUCACCGUCGACCCGGUCCCUGACGCCUUCAUUGUCAACAUUGGUGAUCAGAUGCAGGUCUUGAGCAAUGCAAUCUACAGGAGCGUGGAACAUAGAGUUAUAGUGAAUUCCGCAAAAGAGAGGGUUUCACUGGCCUUCUUCUACAACCCCAAGAGCGACAUCCCGAUCGCACCCGCCCCGGAAUUGGUGACUGAGGACCGCCCUGCCCUCUACCCGGCCAUGACCUUCGACGAGUACCGGCUCUACAUAAGGACCAAGGGUCCCCGUGGCAAGUCCCAAGUUGAAUCUCUCAAAUCCCCAAGAUGAUGGAGAGUAAAUCCCAAUCAAUAAUGCCAUUUUAAUGAGUUCUUUGUCUUUUUCGAGAGAAAAGAAUUAGGUGCCCAAUUUGCGUUAUGUGUAACUGGGAGGAACUUGCUUAGUUAAUCUCCGUUGUGUCGAUGGCGGAAGGUGAAUAACUGUAGGUGCUCCCGAAAUUCAACAUUGUUCUUGUUGGCUUUAGGAAAUUGUUUGGUGAAAAAAGCAAUGACAUUGUAUGCUUUGAGUUCUCACGUCUUACGCACUUAAAUACAUAUGCAAUGACAUCCUAUG